GAGCAGCGGUCCAGGCUCUGGGCGGGGUGGGAGUAAGGCGAGGCUGCCUGGAAGCCUGAGGUGAGGGCCGUGACAGCGUGCGCCUGCGCGGGGCGCCAUUUCCCUCCCCUGCUUGCGGACCCCAGGCUCGGGGCCUUUGCCUUUGUCUGAUCUGCUUGGCCUGCCGCGGCCGUCGUGUUCUACUGGUCUGGGCUGCCUCCUUCCUGAGAGUCCGAUCCGACGGUGGGGACUUUGUCCCCUUUUCGUUUUCUGUCAUGCGAAUUCCUCUUGGUCCGCACCGCGGUUCGGCGCCGCCGGGCAUACUGGAGCGUCGGCGAAGGGCUGGAACCUGCGUGGGCUCCGGGGUGCUGGCUGCCGGGUGGCGGAAUUUCUCUGAUACUCCUCGGAGGAGAGGCGAUUCCCCGAAGGAGCUGGACGGGUUUCGAAAACCCGGGCGAGCUUGCUCCAUACGGUUACUACAAGGGGAGCCACAAAUGAGCAUUUCUAACGUUCAGUGUAUCUUUGCCUGCCUACAUCAAUCUGCAAGGGAGUUGCAGAAAAGCCUCAUGUUCAUCGAGCCGUGAGUCACAACCAAUUUCUAAGCUGUUAUAACAAAAAAGUGUUUGCUUUUUUCCCCCACAAGUAACUUUAAAAGUGUAGUUUAGCAAGAAAACAUUUUCAGUAAAAAGACACUACAUUAAUCCUGGAUGCUUGCAAAUCCUGAAAUAUAUUCCUCCUUGACUAUUACACAGCACUGUGUCCUAUACACAGAUAGCCUUAAAAUUUGUCACAUACCACUUUGCCUUUACUUUUAUGUAUCAUUCCCCCUGACUUCCUUACUGCAGGUGUGGGCAAGAAAACUUUUCCUUUAAAACUUUUCAACAGCGGGCAUAAAAUUCUGCAGCUGAGUUCUUGAAGAUUGCAGAUGGGUACAGUAUGUGUUGGAGUUCACAGUGUGUAUUGACUAACCAGAUUCCUUUUUGCUUUCUUUGGUAUUGUCUUGUUAAAAGUGACUCCCAGGUGCCAACUUUCCUUUUUUAAGGGUGGGGAUGAAAUGGGAAGAAGAAAAGGUCCAGUGAUAUUUAAGUCAGUGAUAGAACUUGAAAGCAUUCUUCCUUUUGUAGUUCGUUGGUAAAAUACUGCCUAUUAAUUUGACUCUAACAGAAAGAUUAGAUUAUUGAAUAGCUGUGGCUGGUGGUGACUAGCAGCUGUAAUGACCGGUGGUGGAUUCGUGGCACAAGUUACAUGGGUCUGAAGUGUCAUUGCCCACAUGUAAAUUUGGGCAGAUGCCUUCUGGUGCUCCCUCCUACUUCUGACUCCGUGAAUUAAUGGUGGAGUUAGAUGUGGCUUCUUCAUAAAAUAUUUAGCUUAGAAACUAUUUGUAUUUUAUUCCAGUUGUAAAUAUCUUUAGAUCAGUUUCUUAGUGUAUAUGAUGGGAAGAAUACAGAAACACUAGUCUGCAAAUCAUCCAAAUAUAUUAAUUUUGCCAGAUAGCCUUGUGUAGUGAAUGAGAUAAUACUUUAUUUAAAACCAUAAAUGAAUUUCAGGAGAUGAAACCAGACAGAGGGUCAAGUUUACAGAUGACCGUGUCUGCAAGAGUCACCUUCUGGACUGCUGCCCCCACGACAUCCUUGCUGGGACGCGCAUGGAUUUAGGAGAAUGUACCAAAAUCCACGACUUGGCCCUUCGAGCAGAUUAUGAAAUUGCAAGUAAAGAAAGAGACCUGUUUUUUGAAUUAGAUGCUAUGGAUCACUUAGAGUCCUUCAUUGCAGAGUGUGAUCGGAGAACUGAACUUGCUAAGAAGCGGCUGGCUGAAACACAGGAGGAAAUAAGUGCAGAAGUUUCUGCCAAGGCAGAAAAAGUACAUGAAUUAAAUGAAGAAAUAGGAAAACUUCUUGCUAAAGCUGAGCAGUUAGGAGCUGAAGGAAAUGUGGAUGAAUCCCAGAAGAUUCUUAUGGAAGUGGAGAAGGUUCGCUCAAAGAAAAAAGAAGCAGAGGAAGAAUACAGAAAUUCCAUGCCUGCAUCCAGUUUUCAACAGCAAAAACUCCGUGUUUGCGAGGUUUGUUCAGCUUAUCUUGGUCUCCAUGACAAUGACCGUCGUCUUGCAGACCACUUCGGAGGCAAAUUACACUUGGGGUUCAUUCAGAUCCGAGAGAAGCUUGAUCAGUUGAGGAAAACUGUGGCUGAAAAACAGGAAAAAAGAAAUCAGGAUCGAUUGAGGAGAAGAGAGGAGAGAGAGCGAGAAGAGCGCCUGGGCAGGCGGUCUGGAUCAAGAACCCGAGAUCGGAGGAGGUCACGUUCCCGGGAUCGUCGAAGGAGGCGGUCUAGGUCUACCUCCCGAGAGCGGCGGAAGUUUUCCCGUUCCAGGUCCCGAGAUAGAUACCGGCGACAUCGCAGCCGUUCCCGGAGCCACAGCCGGGGUCACCGACGGGCUUCCAGGGACCGGAGUACAAAAUACAAGUUCUCCAGGGAGCGCUCAUUGAGAGAGGAAUCCUGGGAGUACAGGCGGAAUGAACGAGGGCCCACUGACUGGAGGCUGGAGAACUCCAAUGGCAAGACUGCAUCGCGGAGGUCGGAGGAGAAGGAGGCUGGCGAGAUCUGAAUCUGGUUCAGGCGCUGUAAAUAGUCUGACAAAAGUUCAGCACAGCCUAAAUUACCCUUUAUAUUUGCUGACUACAACUCAUCUUUUGUAGUUAAAAUUUCUAUUGUUUGGCCCUAGCUGUGAGUUUCUAGAUUGUUCAGAGCUGCUUCUGUGUUUGGGGUUAUGUUAUAUAGGAACAAAUAAAUCUGGCGGCUGCCUCCUGACAGCUGUGUGGGGUGUCUGCUGUCCUCUGCACUAGAGGCACUUCACUAGGACCCUGCCUGCCUGCACUUGUGGAGAAAUGGCUGGUGCUGCCGUCACUUUAGAAAACUGACCAAAUAUCUGACCAAUUUAACUUUUGGCACUCCCAACACACUUAACCGAGCCAGAUGUAUGUGGCUUCCCUUCCCUGGUUCACACUCUGCAUCUUAGCUGCUCAUGUGCUCUCUGAGUGCAGACCAUUGAGCAGGUUCUGUGGAUGGAAGGGGGCGGCCAUAUUAUACAAUUAUUCCUUAGGAAGAGCUAUGUCUAUUGAAACCUUAGCUUAGGUCAGCUACAUUGCAGUUCACUUUGUUCACUUAGGUGGAAUAAAGACAUAGAUGGCCCCUACCUGCCCAACAAGAAGUCCUUGAGAGAGAGAGAGAGAGAGAGAGAGAGAGAGAGAGAGAGAGAGAGAGAGAGAGAGAGAUACAGCUUAGGUCAGGUAUCGUGGGUAGUUUAUACCCAAGAUCGGCCUCUUGUUAUGUUCUGAGCAUAUGCUGUUGCUCUCAAAGGACUAAUGCCUUAAGACCAAAGUGAAGCCCAAAUAGAAAGGGUCGCUGAAUAGGAGUUGCUCCCUUUAUUUGUCUUGGGGAGGGAGGUGUUACCAUUUGUUUUUGGAGGGAACUUUAGUUGGUUGUAUUAAAGAAGCCUUCCCUUCUCCAUGCUGUGCUUGUAAAAAAAUGUAGGUGCUGUUCGUGAGCUGUUGGUUUGAUGGUUACACCUAGGAUCUUGUGGUUUUUGUAAUGUGGCUCCUGGUGAUGCCCUGGACUACCGUCUAUAGGAGAGUAUGUGUGAGUGCCUACCUGCUCUGCUCAUGUGAAACUGGCUUUCCUUGAUCAACUAUCUGUCUGUGCAAGGAGGUAGGGCAAACUAUCCCUGAAGGACUCCCUGGGGCUCAGUAGCAUGCACAGGUGCCAUGUGUAGGUUUUCUUCAUCUCUUUCCCUUGCCUUGGCUUCCAGGUGGGGCUGAGUUUAGCUCUGCUCUGCUCUGCAGUCUUCCUGGGAUAAGGUCUCUACCUGGGCUUCUUAGUCCCGGGAGGACAUUUUGACUAGCCGUGGUCACUUACGCUGGGAACACUUGUUUCCUGGACUAUUUUGGGCCUUAACUGGACAGACCUAACCUUAGAGCCUGUUGGUUUGGAUCCCUUUCUGUCUAAAUAUAAAUUUGUAUAUGAAGAAACAGCUGUUUUGCUUUAUUUUACCAUGGGGUAAAGUUACUGGAAACAUUUCUGUGCUGUGGUCUGUAGUACCCAUCACAUACUAUACAACUACAACCCCCUGCUUAGGUAGCAUCUUUUUGAGUGGUCAGGUUCCUCAGGGUUGCAGAAAGGCUGCUUUGCACCUCAGUCUCUUGUGGAGGGUGAUUUUUACCAGGACGCUGUGGCAAAAGUUUUUUGAACUUUUUCUAGAAGGACAGUUUUGUCUGGGUAGACUUGGAUUUCAGGACUCCAGGCACUUUUGUCUCAGUCCCAAGUAGCUUUUUCUUUGGGGGUGCAGUGGGGUGGGGGAGGGUUCUCUGUGUAGCCUGACUGUCCUGAACUUGCUAUGUAGAACCAGCUAGCCUCAAACUCAGAUCCACCUCAUUCUUCACUCUGCCUCCUGAUGUUUUGUUAAACUUCCUUAAUUGGAGUUUCCUGUAGAAAGGGAAUUAGGUGGACAUAGAUAAUCAGAGAUGCGGUGAUGGCGCUGGCCCUGGCCCUGGCCAUUAUGCAAGAAAUCAAUAGGGUCUACCAUCUGUAACCUGAGGGCCUGAUUAGGCCAAGUACUAACCAAGUACUGAUUAGGUUCCAGACUAAGCCUCCAAGCUGAAGAACUGGGAGGGCCAGUAGUUUUCAAAAACCCCAUAACCAGUAGCACCCAUGGGCCAGGGCACAGGAGGUAGAUGUCCAGCUCAGAGAGAGAGAGAGAUCCUUCCUGGACCCUCUUGUUCCUUCCAGGCCUUUGGUGUUGACCAGUGCACUGAGUGAGGAAGUCAUCGUUCUGACUGGUGAUUCUAAUGCUUCUCUCAAAUCCACUCUGUUUUCCCCAUAUCAUAUGACUUCACAAUUUCUUUUACUUGGUCACACAGGACAUAGUUUGACUUGUGUUGAGUAAUGAUGAUGGGCAUGCAGGACAUAUUCCUAUAUCUAGGAUAUAGCAAAGGGGGAGCAGUUUUAAUUAGGUUUCUGCAAUGACCAUGAUUGAUUGUUAGGCAGGAAUAAGGCAUUACUUUCCCUCUGAAACCAGAGGGAAACAGGGUAGCUCCUGCUCCCCUCGUCUAGGUGAUAGGCAAUGGGCCUGGAGGGCCGAUUCCAACGUCUGCACUCAUCCAACAUCUUGCUUUUUUUACUAAGCCUUUUGUCUUGUCUUGUGCAGGUCAGCUUUGUGCCAGUAGGUGGCACUGUACUAGUUUUGGAGACUGUCUUAGAUGUUCAGGGUCAAUCAGCACCCACACGACAGGCAGCCUAGCCUAUCAGUGAAUUAGGCCCAGCCCAUCCAUGUGGAUCUGAAAACAGUCAGAAGGAUGAACAUGGAGCAUCCCUAGAGAGUGAUCAAGACUAUAGAACCCAUAAUGCCGGCCUGUUACUUUCUGGGGGACAAAAGUUGCAGUAUUUGUUCAGGGUGGCCAAAUCUAGCCUCAGUAUUUGUGGCGAAAAACCUCUUGUUGGAGGCCUCUUAAAUUUCCCAAUGUCUCACUGUCAUUGUAACAGGUAAAAGACUGGGUUUUCACUUGGGAGAUUUGUGACACUUGGAACUUGGCUCAUUGCAUUCAAAGUGUAGUCCCUUAGUACUCAGACAUGAGAGGAGGUAAAGAUUGUGCUCUUUGGAGGACCCAUCCUAGUCCAGCAGUAUUUGGAAGUCAGUACCUGAGCCAUGUGGUUCAGGAAUGUCACUUCUGUUGAGGCCUGCCUCAUGGGACAGAGGUAUUCAGAGUGGGGCCAGGUGAAGAUGAAGGAGCCGACAAGGUUCAGGAAGCUCUUGUUUAUUUAUCUUGGUUGGGGGCCCAACAGCAGGAUCAGUUGUCAGCCUCUUGGCUUUACUCUGCAGUCUAGUCCUAGAAUGUGUAGUCAGCUGUGGCCUGGGAGCUUUAAGCUUUCUGGAUUCUAAGGCCUCACGUUUUUUAUACCUAGCAUGCACUAUUAGAAUACACUGAAUUUUAGUGUACUGUAUCAGUGUCUGCUGCCUACUGAGUUCUUGACACACUUCUUUGGGUCUAAACUUAAAUUUACUGCUAAAAUGAAAGUAAAACUGGACAACUGUUUGACUUGUAGCACAUGUUCCUUUCAGAACAGUGACAUUUAUAGAGUGCUGUGCUGUAUCCCAGUGAUGGUAACAAAAUGCCCUGAAGCUUCUUAUAAUCAACUACCGUCAUAACCGCUUCUGAUGUUAUGUGUCAGUAGCAUUUAUGUGUCCAGUGUUGUGCGGUCAUCACUGGUACCAAGUUGCAGGAUGUUUCAUCCAGACAAAAACUUCAACCCACUACUUAGAACUGUCCAGCUUCUUCCUGAAGCCCCUGGCAACCAGGAACCUGUCUUCUGUCUAUAGGUUGCUCAUUUGGGUAUUUCACAACAUAGACUCAUGCACUGGAUGGCCCUUGGUAUGUUGGCUUUAUCCACCCAAGGUUUCUGCAAAACUCAGCUGUGUGAUGUAAUCUCAUUUCUUUUAUGGGUAAAAAACACUCUGUUCUGAGUGUGAGCUACAUGUUACUCUGAUGGUUAACCCGAUAACUCGAUGGGCUUAGAGUCACCAUGAAAACACCCCUGCGUGUUUCCAAGGGUUUCAGAGAGACCCACCAAGAGUGUGGACUGCACCAUUCUAUAUGCUGGGCUCCUAGACUGAAUAAAAAGGAGGGCAAGAGCUGACCACCGGCCAUUGUCUAUGUCCUGCCUGCAGAUGCCAUGUGACCAGCUGCCUUAAGUCCCUGCAAUCAUGACUUCACCACAAGGACUGUACCCACUUAUACUGUGAGCCAAAUAAACCUUCCCUCAGUU